AUGCUAGAGUGUGCAGUUAAUAAGAAUAUGAGCAAUUAUGCGGAACUACAGCAUAGCAGUACACCUUUGCAAACUCUGGACGAAUCAGACAUAAAAGUCAGUCAGGCAUUACUACUGAAACCGGCUGAAAAUGUGCAGUCAGAAGUUAAGCAAAAGCCUUACAGGCUUCUCCGUAUUCAAGAGAAGAGACAUCAAGAGAAGCUUACCUCUCAUAACAGCCUCAGAGACCAGCCUGCAGCGCAGCAUGUCAGUGUGCAAGAGGAAGAAAAUGAUCUGGAAGUACCAGAUGAAACAGAGACCAGGAGCCCAUCUCAUAAUUCCACUGUCAGCCAAAGAAAGGUUGCCUCCAAUCCUGAAGAGUCCGGAUUGGAAAAAAUAUUCAAAGGCUCUCGAACUCUAAGUACUGCAGACCUUUUGUCCAGCCUGGGAAAAGUUAGUAGUCCAGGACUUAAAGAUGCAUCAAACAACAAAUUCAAGGAAGGCAGUGUUCCUAGUGAUAAAGAAAAUGACCUUUUGGGAACUGAUACAACAGGGUCAUUUAUGUCAGCCCGCAGUAAAACCAUGCCAACUCUGGGGAGACCCAAGAUAAACCCACAGAAAAUGUCAUCAAUCACUGAAGGGGAGAGGCUUACAAAAGCAAAGGAAAUGGUUGAGCGAGCAAUCAAGCUGAAGAAAGUGUUCACAAUCCAAGGUGGCUACUCUACCAUUCGCCAUAGUUUACGGAGACGUGGCUGGGUUGAGAAAUUCUAUAAAAUUCCAGUGCCCCAAAAGAAAACACCACAGCUGAAGAAGCAGAAAGGCUCCGAUGAUGAUGAUAAUGAUUUUGAUGAUGAUGAUGUUGAUGAUGAUGAUGAUGAUGUUGAUAUUGCAGCUCAAGCAGAUGACCAGCCCAAAAUCCCACCCUGGGAAGAAGAUGAUGGCUUAUAUGGAAUUAUGUCCCGAAUGGUACGCAACGUUACUCCUUCGUUAUUCUGGGUGCUGAAGCGAGACGCUAUCGAUUACCGCUACCUCACAAAAGAUCAGAUGGUCAAUCACUAUUGUAAAGCUGGCUCAUUUACCACAAAGGUUGGACUGUGUGUCAAUAUGAAGAAUGUUGUUUGGUUUGAUAACUGUGAUCACGAUGCAUUCUUCCCUCGAUGUUAUCGUCUCAGCCAUGAUGAGGAAAGAGACGCAUUUAUAGAUGACUAUCGUCUGACAGCGUGCAUGAACAUAAUCAAAGUAGCAGUCAGACAGCAUGCUAGUUGGAACCAUAUACCAGAAGAUGGCAAGAACAAGACACAGUCAUGCAGCAAUCCAGACUGCAGCACAUUGAGACGCGGCUCCAGAUCUGACAAAUGUGUGUGUACGACUGAUGCUGAAGAGAGCACAUUUAAAGACAUCAAAAAUCCUGUCUUGACUGUGGACACAACAAUCGAUGAAGACUACCAGCCAGUAAUAACAAAGUUGGCAGCCAUAAAAAAGAAAAACAAACAACGAUAUGUCAUCCCUGUUCAAGUGCUGGAGACGGCAAUUUAUCAGUGUGAGAAAUUCCUGGCUUCUAAAGACCAUGAGGAUAUAGAUGUGCCAAGGGAGGUGGGACAGCUGACAGAUCAGCAGUGGGAUGAUCUUAUCAAGUGGUACUAUCAACUAGUGCAAGAGGAGGGAACUUUCUCCCAUAUUCCCUUAAAUCUGGCCAAGCAGUGUGAGAGCUUAACUCGCCGACUUACAGUUCAUUGCCCCCAGUUUGAAAUGGAUGGUACACGAAAUGUAUGGAUAGUAAAACCAGGUGCCAAGUCUCGUGGUAGAGGAAUUAUGUGUUUUGAGAAACUGGAAGACAUGCUGAAACUUGUUUGCACUCAGGUGGUCAAGAAAGAUGGAAAAUAUGUGGUACAAAAGUACAUAGAACGCCCCUUGCUCAUCUACAAUACCAAAUUUGAUAUCCGCCAAUGGUUCUUGGUUACUGAUUGGAACCCUUUGACCCUGUGGUUCUAUCGGGACUCCUAUCUGAGAUUCUGUUCUCAACAGUUCACACUGGAAGACUUUGACCAAAGCAUCCAUCUGUCAAAUAAUGCCAUACAAAAACACUACAAGAAUGGGCCACGGUCGUCACGUCUGCCAGAAGAGAAUAUGUGGACACAUGAAGAGUUCAAGAAGUAUUUGGCGAGCAAAAAGCAUCCAGAUGUUUGGGAUGAGAGAAUCUAUCCACAGAUGAAGAGAGCCAUUGUAUGUGCUUUGUUAGUUACCCAGGAUUUGGUAGAAUACAGAAAGUCCUCAUUUGAGCUUUAUGGUGCAGACUUCAUGCUGACUGAAGAUUUUCGACCAUGGCUUAUUGAGAUCAACUCCAGUCCAAGUAUGGAGUCCAGCACCUCGGUGACAGCCAGACUGUGCACUGCUGUCCUGGAUGACACCAUCAAAGUUGUAGUUGACCGCAAAUUUGACAGGAAUUGUGACAUUGGACGGUUUGAACUGGCAUACAAGCAGCCCUUGGUCACAGUCCCGCCAUACAUUGGUAUCAGUCUGUGCGUGGAGGGUCAAGCACUGAGGAAACCAAGCUGGGCUGUCCGACCUAACAAGGAAUCGGAGCCAGGCCGUUCAAGUGAACUACCUCCUGGCAAUGAUUCCCUUUUCACGCUCCGUACCGUUACCACAAGGUCAACAUCAAAUAAUGAGCAGCUGCCAAAUAGUGGCAAGAAUGUCCUCAACGCCAGCUCUUUAUUAAACUCCCCAGUUGUAGGGAGUGCAGAGGAAGGCGGCAUGAAAAAGAACAUGGUGAGAAUCCCCGAUGUGAUGAUUAAAAGUUUACUGUCUCAGCCCUCCCGGGUCACCAAAGAUGUCGCCUCUAAAGUAAACACAUUCCGCUCUCCUGCUGAUGUUGACAGGGGAAAAGCCAGUUCAAGAAGCGGAAGCCUCUGUCACAACAAUGAAGCUGUGACAGAUCAGAAAGGCAGCAGCGGAGGAGAUGAAGCUGUCAAGCAGGUGAGAAAACAGCAGAGGACUUCUGAGGGGAAGAGCAGUGACAGUGCAAACAGCAACUCAGCCGCCCAACAGGCAAGAGAUGUAUCCAGUAGCAUUGCAGCUCAGAAUGGCUGCUCAGUCCAGCCAGCACAGCAGUAUCCUAACCCACCUUGCACACCUGGUACAAAUCAUCGACGUUUUAUUUCCAAAUCAUCAGUUUCCACAAACGGUGCCAUUCCAACAGUCACCAGCACUGACCGCACCAGCCAGAGUCAGAUGACAGCAGCUGUCAGUGCAAAACCCCCAGAUCUUCAGGUCUGCAAGCCAAGUUCUAAAGGUGGCAGCACCACUUCAGGAGUUGGUUGGCAUCGAGCAUGUCAGUGGUGUGGCAGGGGAGGCAACUUGCAUCUAGACUCUGCUGACCCCAAUUGCCGCUGCCAGAAGGAUUCAGUCCUUGUUAGCCUGCAUGUGGGUCAAGUAAACUCCAGAGCUCAGGAUUUGAUCAUACUUAACAAUCAACAGAUGCACGUUUGCAACCCCUGGCAACCGCACAUCAAGUAUAGUCGGAAAAACCCUGCUAGUGGUGCAUGCAGUACCCCUGCAGGUAUUGAAGAUGGAGAGGAGACCGUAGAUUUUAAAACAAAUGUAUAUGCAUCAGGUGGUCUUGAAGACACUACCAUCCUGCGACCAGCAUCAGCCUUAAGUAUUAACAUGGAUUGCUCAAACACAAAUGUUUCCAAAUCUAGACCUCACAGAAUGAGGAAGUCUAUCAGUGUGGCCUCUCAUCCUCCAGACAGCAUUUUAAAAUCUUAUAUGCAAAUUGGGCGACAGCAAAUUGAGUCGAUUGGCCUGGCUGACCAACAGCAGCAGCAGCAGCAGCAUCGAAGUGACAGUUUCAGCAGUAACAAACAACCCUGCGCACCAUACAAGAGCUACACAUCUCAGAAUCUCAACAAUAAACUAUACAACCGUGCCCCGGCCAACAGGGGCAUGCUGGGAAGCAUGCUGACCACAAGGGUGCAGAAUUUUCUAGCGAAGAAAACCACCGUCUCCACUCCUAUUAUUAAGCUAUUGCCCAGUAUGACAUACAUCAGCGCAAACAGGUGUCAGAGCCCGCUCUCCGUAGUUGCACAGAGACAUUUGCCAUUAAAACAGCACAAAUGA